AUGGAAGAAGUGAAUAUUUGGCAAAAGGUUAUUCAGUGGGGAAUUGCUCAGCACAAUACUUUACCUCAAAGUCUCAAAGUGUGGACAAAAGAAAACUUUUUAACGUUAAAGACGACUCUACAAAAUUGUUUACCGCAUAUCCGUUACUUUCAACUUUCUAACGAAGAUUUAUGGAAAAAUGUCAAACCUUAUAAAAAAAUUCUUGAUAAGAAGCUCUGGAAUGAUAUAAAGCAACAUAUGAUACUUCCCGGAGAACCUAUAACUUCAGUUAUCUUACCUGCAAGAUCUUUAAUUAGCACGGAGCUUCCAAAACGAGUGGACGAAAUCUUUUCAACUAUCAUUAGUCGCGAACAUACUGCGGAGGUUUCUGCAUGGAUUGAUCAUAAAAACCAACCCUAUCCAAUUAUUAAUAUCCCGUACGAGUUCGAUUUAAUCUUAAGAGGAAGUCGUGAUGGAUUUAAUCAUCAAACUUUUUGGAAUAUGUGUCAUGGUCAUUCGAAGACAAUUGUGGUUCUAAAAGUGCAAGGGACAGAUGAAAUUCUUGGUGGAUAUAACCCUUUAGCAUGGGAUAAAACUGCGAACAUAACAACUUGGGCAGUAACAAAUAAUAGUUUUAUAUUUUCGUUAAAAAAUGGCAACAUACAAAAUUCAACUCUUAGUCGAGUGAAUAAACCCAAUGAGGCUAUCCUCAAUGUAGAUGUUUUACAUCAAUAUGAUUUUGGUCCAUAUUUUGGAUGUAAAGAUCUAUAUAUGAGUGUAAAGAAAUGUUUUUGUCAAGGACCCAGUUCUUAUGAAACAAGUAUUAGAGAAGCAAUUGGGGCAUUUCCAAUCGUUGAUUACGAAGUAUUUAAGAUUAAAUUUAAAAGCGCCGAAGAUACAUAA